AUGGAGAUUUGUUUUUCUUUGCCAAAGGUUGGAUGGUACAAUGCUGUUCUCCCGCCAGCCUUUCAUCUCCCCUACUCAGACGACACACUGGCCUUUGUGGUCCUCAGCACGCCUUCCAUGUUUGACAAAGCCCUUAAACCUUUUGUGAACAAAGAACGGUUAAAAAUAAUCAGGGAUCCUGUGGAUCAGUGUGUUUCUCAUCAUUUAUCACAUGUGAAGGAGAAAUUCCCUGACCAGAAGGUGGACGUCAUCUUUGAUUACGAGAUCCUGCCAAGCCGAAAGCCCAAGUUCUUGGCGCAGACAGCUGCCCAUGUUGCUGGAGCUGCAUAUUACUACCAAAGGAAGGAUGUGAAGCUUGAUCCCUGGGGGAAAAAGAAGAUCUAUGGCGUAUGUAUCCAUCCUCAGUAUGGCGGUUGGUUUGCUAUCCGGGGUCUCCUCCUGUUCCCAGAUAUUCAGGUACCGUUCCUGGAACAGUCUGCCCCUGUUGACUGUGUGAGCACAGAGGAAAAAAGAAUUGAGUUGCUGGAGCACUUCAAUUUCCACUGGCAGGACGGCCGCUACAGGGACAUAAUUGAAGUGAAGGAAAGGUAUUCGGAGGAGCAAAAAGCCUACUUUGCCACUCCUCCUGCAGAGAGAUUCAGACUGCUCGGGCUGACAGGAGAAGGCCAGAGGCGCGCGUUUCCCUGAGUAACAUGGCUCUAUGAAAGGACAGAGGGUACACAAAGUGUGACUCAUCAGCACCUUCUUUUCCAUGGUGCUGGGAAGGAAGGUGUGCUGAUAACAGAGAUGGCAAAUCCAAGCAACGUAUGCAGCGUCUCAAUCCAAACGUCAGCUUCUC